AUGGACCAGAACGCAAACACCAAUACUGAACAUGGGGAGAUUCAGGAAAACACUGGCUUACAAAAUGAUCCUACUGGUUCCAUAAAUUCAGAGAAUGCGUCCACAACAUUCCAGGCGUCCAAUAGUAUUGGCACAACCCAGCAACCAGACAUUGUGGUGACAGGAAGCGAGAGCCUUGCAAGUGAGUUGACUGCAGGUAAUGUUGUAAGUGGUACUACAGAAGAGGGAGCUACUGUAGUACAUCGUGAAAUCAGUAAGCCAGCAGGGGUCGCACAGACUGAGCAAUUAGAAACCACUGUGACCGCAACAGUAGCGAAUAAAUCGAAUGAAGCGCAAGAGACUCAGUUUGGAGAGAUCCAAAACAAUGUCAAUGAAAGUCAUGGUCUUGGCCAAGCAAGCAUUUCAGAGGAGCAAUUGGAGUAUGAUGACGAGGAAGAGGAUAAUGGCAUUGCGCCAAUUGAAAAAGCACAACCGCAAACUAUUGGCGAGAGCAUUGACACUGGGCUAGAAAGCAAUAUCGAGCAAUCAAAUGCUUCAGAGGUGGCUGAGGGGAACAAUGACGACGUCGUAACAAGUGGUGGCGUUCAAGUAUCUGAUUUUGUUAAUAAUGGUGACACUAAUGAGAAGGGUAACACAGAGAAUGCGAAAGUGUCAGGCGAAGGCACUGCUUUAGCAAGCAAUGGAUGUCACGACAACAGUGCAGUUGCUGACAAUCACGACAUCAACAACAAGGACGAACCAAAUGCUGCAAAAGAAAAUGAAGAGGGCAACAAGGCAGCAGCUUUCAACAACAGCGAGACUAUUGAAGUUGUAAUGGCAAAUGGUGAGGAAGAGAAAAUCGAGCUAGAUGCAAAAGUGUCCCACGAAGAGCAAAACCAACAAUACACCACCCAAGAACAGAAUCCAAAUGAACAUUUUGACGAGGCAAUGGAUGACAUUAACACGUUAGUCGAGGAUGUGCCAGAUUUUAAAGAACAAGUCAACACCAGGAUACCUAUAUACUUGAGACACAAGGAUGUGGAAUUUCUCUUGUUCCGGUCAGAAAAUCAAAAUGAACCUAGUCCAAUAUUUGAAGAUGAGUCGAGUGAAGAUAUUUCUCUUGACGAGUUUUUUGGAAUAUUGCGCACAAUUCCAGAAUUCAAUUUCAACUUGAAUGAGGAAAUUAUACUUUCGAUUCCUCAGUUUGGUGGAGUCACGGUGACGGAAGACAAUGUGUAUUGCAAAGACCUCCAGUUGUCUGAUUUAUUAGACGUUUAUUACAAGUUGUGUGACUGUACGACUGAGAAGAACAAGAUACCGCAGCAGUUGGAUUUCAAAUUGACAUCUCAACCUCGUUUCAUUAUGAAGUACAACAAUUUAGUGGAUACGAUAAAGCAGAACCGUGGAUUCGAGAACAUAUUACCAACAGACCAUUCUGAUCAUGAAGUGGAAGAAGAAGUAGAAGAAUCAAGAAAGAAAAGAAAACUCUGA